AUGCCUCCACCAACUUUAGUGAAAGGAAUUAGAAGUUUUCUUGGGCAUGCUGGGUUCUACCGGCGAUUUAUAAAGGAUUUUUCAAAAAUUGCUAAAUCUCUUACAAAUUUGUUAAAUCAUGAUGUUCCUUUUAGUUUUGACCACGCUUGUUUUGAUUCUUUUAAUAGGUUGAAGGAAGCUCUAACAACAGCCCCUAUUAUGCAACCUCCGGAUUGGUCAUUGCCAUUUGAGAUUAUGUGUGAUGCUAGUGACUUUGCUAUGGGAGCUGUACUUGGUCAGAAAAAAGAGAAGAGGUCUUAUGCAAUCUAUUAUGCCAGCAAAACUCUAGAUGUUGCUCAAGUAAAUUAUGCUACCAUUGAGAAAGAAUUUUUAGCUGUGGUAUUUGCUGUGGAAAAGUUCAGAUCAUACCUGAUUGGAUCAAAAGAGUUUGACUUACAAAUUAAGGAUAAAAAGAGUAAGGAUGGAAAUGAAGAGGAAUUGCCAAUUGGUGAGUUUUUCUUGAAUGAGCAACUGCUAGUUGUUGUUGCUGCAUUGCCAUGGUUUGCAGAUUUUGUCAAUUACUUGUCAUGUGGAGUUCUCCCACCAGAUUUGAGCUAUCAACAAAAAAAGAAAUUUUUGCAUGAUGUGAAAUUUUAUACAUGGGAGGAUCCAUUGUUAUUCAAGAGAUGUAAUGAUGGCUUAGUUAGAAGAUGUCAAAGAGUGGGGAAUGUUUCAAGGAAAAAUGAAAUGCCACAACAAGGAAUUUUGGAGAUUGAGUUAUUUGAUAUUUGUGGCACAGAUUUCAUAGAACCAUUCCCAUCAUCUUUUGGGAAUAAGUACAUUUUGGUUGGUGGAGAUUUUCAAGCAAAUGUGUAUGCUGAAUUGAAAGAAUUAAUGCCUGGGAAGUUACUGAACCUUAUAUUUGUCUUCCAUGAUGCAUAUUCAACAUGGUGGAGUGAAAGGCCAUUUGAGUUGCAGCAUUUUGAGAAAAUUGGUGAGAAAUAUAGGAACCUUCAUGGUAAUCAAUAG